CGUGCAUCCACAGAACCAAUAGGAAGAGCGGUGCUGUGGUAGAGGGGUGGGCACAAGGAAGGCGUUGAGCGACAACAACGAGACUUUGUCAUCAGGCAACAGGACCUGUGCCAGUACACGUCCUUUUUCCUCACAGUCACCGGAAGCUGUCAGCUAACGCGAACACAAUGUUGAGUAAAAAGGAAGUGACGAACUGACACAAGGCAGAUCUUCGACGGUUGCACUGAAUAUAAGGGUUCAGUCCAAGUGUAAGCGACUACAUUGACUGUGGAGUGGUGACCAAGAUGACAGACCGGACAACUAUGAUGACGAUGACUUUGGUCCUGUCGCUCUUUGCGGUGCCGGUGGUGGACGGACACGGGCGACUCAUCGACCCUCCGGCGAGAGGGUCAGCUUGGCGCUUCGGCUUCAACACUCCGAUCAACUACAACGACAACGAAAUGUCGUGCGGAGGCCUCAAUCACCAGUGGUAUAUUCUUCAAGGCAAGUGUGGGGUGUGCGGCGACCGCUGGGAUGCGAACCCACGGCCACACGAAGUAGGAGGGACCUACGCCACUGGCACCAUCGUUCGCACCUACACGCAGGGGCAGACUAUUCAGGUGACUGUCCAGAUCACAUCCAACCAUCUCGGGUGGUUUGAGUUUCGCAUUUGCCCGGUAAGCGACCCGACAGUGGAGGUAACCCUGGAGUGCCUCGACACCCACCUCCUUCCUCUGGCUAGCAACGGUCAGACCCGUUAUAAGAUUGACAGAGAUAGCCGUAACUACGUCGUUGACCUCGUGCUGCCGUCUGACCUGGUCUGCGAUCACUGUGUGUUUCAGUGGAAAUACCACACCGGCAACAGUUGGGGGAGGGAUCCUGACGGGGUGGAGUGCGUGGGAUGCGGAGCGGUUCAGGAGGAGUUUUACGGUUGCGCCGACAUCGCUGUUCUCGCCAACGACUCGUCACCACCACCAUCAGCAGCAGCGAGUACGGAUGCCCCUCAAAUCAAACUUGUGACCACCGCAGCCCCGAGCACCUCCAUGGCGGGUGUGGUGACGGAGGGACAAGGACAGCAAUGCAGAGCAGUGGGGGUGUGGCGAUCGGUCGCUGGAAUGAACAGCUGGUGCGCGACAAACUGCGGUGCCGGCUACUGCCCUUCCUCCCACUGCCGCUGUGGCUAACCGCUGAAGCAAAUGAAGAUGUUGACAAUAUUUUUGUUCGGACACGCUCGCACGCACGCACGCACACACACUCACACACAGAACGAUAUCUUCCUAAGCAUCUGAUCUGAGAAUCUUUUGAUGUUGCAUUGACUUAUUAAACUGACACUUCAAACACUUUUAA